AUGGCUGUUAAGCGUGCCACACCUUUGCGGUCUUUGAACCCACAGCGCUUUGCACGGAUCGUCGGCCGGCGACUGUACAGCAGCCGGGGCCCAACAGUGGCUGUCUUAUUCCAAGAUAUUGACCCUCCAAUCAUUAACGGGGUUCGUAAACCUCGUAAACCAGGUGGCUAUCAAGACUCAGGAGCAGAUAUUGCCUACACAUUGAGGUCAAAGGGUAUCAACAUAACUACCCCCGAUGUCUCGCCACAAGUGUUCAAACAUGAAGGCUGGUGCUUCUCAGAUACAGAGGAAGGCAUCGUCUCCGCCGUCAAUAACGGCGCUACUCAUCUGUGGGCUAAUACAAUCCUAUUUGAUUCGCACCCGCUGCAGCGAUCUGAGAAAUUGACAUCCUAUGCCUCGGAUCUAUAUUUCGUGGGCGGCUACACUCUGCCACACUCAUGGCUAGUGACCGACUCUGAUAACCUCGACGAAUUUGUCGGCUCAAUCAAAGGCUUCCCUGUUGUAGGCAAACCCGUUCGCGGACGCGGUAGCCAUGGCGUAAAGCUAUGCCAUACCCCCGUCCAGCUUAAGCAACAUAUCGAGGUUCUUCUUGGAGAGUCGCCUCUGAUCAUGGUAGAAGAGUACCUAGCAGGCGAGGAGGCUACUAUCACAGUUAUGCCGCCAUCGCCGGAACGGCCUGAGCACUGGAGUAUGCUGCCUGUGACGAGAUUCAACCAUGCGGAUGGCAUUGCUCCGUACAAUGGGUCUGUCGCGGUGACGGCAAACUCCCGAGUUGUGACGAACGAGGAGAUGAAAGAUCCAGCAUAUGGAAAGGUGAUGGAAGAAUGUCAAAGCGUCGCCAAGCUCAUUGGAGCAACGGCGCCGAUCCGAAUUGACGUGCGACGUUUCCGGGCGGGCUCGGAGUUUGCGCUUUUUGAUAUCAACAUGAAGCCGAAUAUGACUGGCCCUGGUCGUCCCGGUCGCGAGGAUCAGGCCAGCUUGACUGCCAUGGCAGCGGCUGCCAUCGGUUGGGACUAUGGAACCCUCCUGCAGAAGAUUUUGGCCAGCGCACAGCGUCUAAGUGCUUUCCGUGAUUAUCGUAGUCCAUUCUAA